CGUGUGAGACUCGAAGAAAUGAGGCUAAGCAGACAGGUGACAUAUUUACAAAGUCAGUCUAAAGUUUCAUGGCGUGGUCAGUUGUAGUUAGCUCAUUUAUGUAAACUUCUCACUGUGGUUACUCAUGGUUUGAGUGUUUUGCUGCGUUCUGUGGAAUCUUGAAUGAGGAAGCUUGCAUUUCCUGAUUGUCAAGGCAUGCACAGAGAUGGAUCGCAUUUUAUUUUGGGGAGUUUUAUUGCUGUAUUCAUUUGAAAUACAAGGGCUCCAACAUGUGUUUGUGCUGUAUGGAAAGGACUUACACCUGGAUGUAAAGAAACCUGUUGUACUUGACAAAAAAACAGAUUUAUUCUGGAAAUUUAAUUCCUCUAACAAUGUAGCUAAGUGUAGUUUUAAUAAUGAUCCAGUUGUGUUUGACAAAUAUGAAGGAAGGGCUGAGCUGUUUCGACAAAAUUACACUUUGCUAUUAAAGAAUGUAAAACACAACGACAGUGGAGAUUAUACUGCAGUCGUGGUUGGGGAACAAGACCAAACGGUAGCUGAAUACAAGGUCAAAGUCCAAGAUCCAGUGUCUCCAGUUAUUCUGACAGUGACCAACAGCUCAGACUCCUGUAACAUCACUGUGACCUGCAGCACAGUGGAUCCUUACAUCAGCAACAUUUUUAGAUGCAAUGCCAAAAAUUGCACUCAGGCAGAAGAAAAGAGUUUGAACACCAAAAAUGAUCAUUCAUCUAUAACUGUCUACCUACAUGAAGACUUCAUCAUCUGUAAUCACAGCAACAAAGUCAGCUGGGAACAGAGUAAGGAGCACAGACCUCACUGUGAGACAAACACAGUUUCCAGUGGAGUUUUCAUAAUUGCAGCUUUGGCUGUAGUUGGUGUCAUUGUCAUCGUCCUGUGCAUUGUCAAAAAACGAAAAAGAGGGAAUAAGGAAAAUACGACAUGUGAGGCUCCUCAGGACGUGCCUCCAGGUCAGACUCAAAAUCAGAAUGUGUCUGCAGAUGUGUGUCCUUCUCCAACAUCCACUUAUGCCUUGGUGGAGUUUCACCGCGGACCAGAACUCACUAAGACCAAAAAGAAUUCUCAACCAGAGACGAUAUAUGCUCAGGUUAACAGAGCUGCUCAGCCCAGAUCUCCUGCCCCACAGCCGACACCCAGAGCUGGAGACCAGUCGACAGAAUCUGUUUACAGGAAUAAGCACACGUGAACUUUGAACACUUAAACUCUGUCUCAGCUCAGGUUUUCUAAAAUGCUGGCACAGGUGGCAUGUUGGACCAACUUAACUUGUAUAAAGCACAAAUGAAUUUUCUUAAGCUUUCCAGAAUUAUCUUUUUUUGUUAUGAUAAUUUGGGGUUAUGGAUGGUGGUGGCUUACUGUGAAGUAUGAUAUUUUAUGGCUAUAAAGUUAUGCUUAUUUUUUUUUUCCUUUUGCAGUCCUUACUAAUGUAGCAUAUCUGAUUUUUAUCAAUAAUUAUGGAAUAGACUUGAGAAAUGAGACGUAACAAAAUUUCAUAUAAAAAUAAAAAUUUUAAAGAUACAUAAAAGGUUAAAACAUUGCCAUGCUUUGAGAGUAUUUAAUAAUGAAUGUUAAAAAUGAAUACAUUUCAAGUUUUCCUUUUAUAGAUCAACAUUUUGUUGGAGAAAUAUAUUAAACUUUAGUGGCAGUGGU